AUGCCUGUGUCUCUGGUUUCCAAUGUCGUGUCUCAGCUUACCAACCUUCUCGUACAAGAAGCUGCUUUCUUGCGUGGUGUGAACAAUCAGAUCAAAUGUGUGGAAACAGAACUCCGUCUAUUGCAAGAUUUCCUCAAAGAUGCAGACGCCGGAAGGAAGAGAGGAGAUGAAAGAAUGGAGAGCUGGAUACGUGAGAUAAGAGAGGUGGCAUAUGAAGUGGAAGACAUCAUAGACAGGGUCAAGUUCAUGGCUGAGAGGCAACGUCAGAGAGGCUUCAUGGACACUAUUUCGAGACAGAUCGAUUGGGUGAAAACACAACUCCAGCAGUUGCAAGGUUUCCUCAAAGAUGCAGAUUCAAAGAAGGAAGAGAGGAGAUGCAACAAUGGAGAGCUGGAUUACGCAGAUGAGAGGUCAAAGAGUAGCGCAGUGGAUGAAAGUUGGCAAUCACUCAGAGAAUCCUCUCCUCACUCUGAUGAUGAUGACACUGAUGUUGUAGGCUUCGAGAAUGAUAAGAAAAAAUUAGUGAGUCGACUGCUUGAUGAGAAUGAGAAAGCACGACGUGUAAUUUCUAUAGUGGUUUCUCAGAGCUACCGAGGUAUCGAGCUAGUGAAGGACAUCAUGAAAAAAGUAAUGGGAAUCAAACAGAGGAAAGGAGACUUAGCGCAGCAGAUGGGUGAAGAAGACGUGAGACAGAUGCUCCGUGAUUUCCUAAGAGACAAAAUGCGAGUCUUUCCUGAUGAGAACAGAGGCAGCAGAAUACUGCUUACUACACGUAACAUUGAGGUUGCAAAAGAUGCCGAGCCAUGGAUUCCUCCACAUGAACUGCACCUUUUAGACGACACAGAGAGCUGGAAACUCUUUCGUAGGAAGGCAUUGCCACCAAAUCAAGAUGUCCCAGCUGAGUUGGAGGCAUUGGCCCAGAAGCUUGCAAAGAAGUGUGGUGGACUUCCUCUUGCACUGGUGGUGUUAGGGGGCCUUCUGUCGAGGAAAGAUCCUAGCUACGAUACAUGGUUGAAAGUAGCUCAGAGCAUGAACUGGGUUGUGGGUGGCGAAGGUUUCAUACUGCAAGAGCAGCGACAGACAAUGGAAGGCACGGCAAGGGAUUGGUUGGAUGAGUUGGUGCAGAGGUGCAUGAUCCAAGUUGUCGAGAGAAGCAUGUCUCGUGGGCUGGUUAAGAGCAUAUGCAUCCAUGAUCUGUUACGCGACUUUGGCUUGAAGAUGCCAAAAAAAGAUGAAUUUCUUCAUGUUUGCAGCAGUGAGGACGUGGGAGUAUCUGAUCGUAUAUCAAGUCAUCGUGCAGCUUUCUACAAUCGUAUAAAUGAUGAGCCUGCUGUUUUCUCACGGCAUCUCCGCACUUUGCUGGGCUUCAGUUUAAGUUUGACUAGUGGGGGAAGAUUUUGA